CCAGCGCAAAGAUACUUAGCCUACUGUAACUUUGGCCAUGGAUGGUUUUGCAGAUAGUACAUGUGGAAUUGGCCUAUAUUUGCCAAACGUACUGUUAUCGAGGUUGCAGUCAAAUCUUAGUAGGCUGAUUCCGUUAUAAUACACUAGUAUAAUAUGGAAGCUUACUGGUCGCUGCGCGUGUUUGCACGUUUCCGCUCGCUGUUUGAUCUGUGGACCCCGUUUCACAUACUUCGCUUGAACACUCCAGGAUAAUUUGACGCCUACCGACUGAAUCAAAUUAUCCAUUUGAAUUAAAAUGUGGCGUACUCCGUUGGAUUACGAAUUUAUUAGUCUAUCUUUGAAUCAUCUCGGAUUGUGUAAAUGGGUGGGGACUGAUCAUUAUCCUAUAGUGUGCAGCAUAACUGUCAGAGGAUUCCAGUGAAGGCAAAAUGGGAUCAGUUUCAGGUGAUAUGCGAUCAACAAAUGGUUGGUGUUGAUAUGAAUAAAGAUGUGGAGUGUACAAAUGAAAGUAUUACUGCAGCCAUAGUAAGAGCAGCUUUAAAAUCUAUCCCUAAGAAUAAGGGAAGUGGGGAAGUAGUAUCUUGGUGGUCGGAUGAAUGCAAAGAUGCAGUGAGGAAAAGGGCGUUCGGUUUAUUUCAAAAGAUGCAUAAUGUCCAGCACUUGAAUUAUAAAAUGGCACCGGCUGUUGUACGGAGGACCAUUAGCAAAGCGAAAAGAGAUUACUGGCAUAAAUUACGUUGUUCUGUAGGCAGAUCGACCCCACUAGAGAAUACCUUUAACGACAGGUCUUGAUUUUACGAGCAUUUAUUAAUGACUUCUAGACUGAUUUCGUAUGCGUCAGUAAGUUUUUUUCUACGUUGUAAAUCGUGUUUUUGUUAAGAUUGAGUAUUCAAGUUAGUAUAGUAGUCGGCAAUGCGCUGAUUCGGGCACGACCUUGUUCUGUGGUUCACAUUCUAGCCAGUAGGUGGCGGUAACGAAAGUUGGUAACCAUCGUCGUUAAACUCCAAAAGAAGAAGAAGAAAAUAAGCUGUCUGCGAGACAGAGACUGCUGCGAGAGGGACAAUGAAGGCGUCCGGCACACUUAGCGAAUAUAAAGUAAUCGGGCGUCUGCUGCCCUCAGCUAAGAACCCCGCCCCUCCCCUCUACCGCAUGCGGAUCUUCGCGCCCAACCACGUGGUGGCCAAGUCCCGCUUCUGGUACUUCGUCUCUCAGCUGAGGAAGAUGAAGAAGGCUUCGGGAGAGACGGUCUACUGUGGGCUGGUGUUUGAGAAGUCCCCGCUCAGGGUGAAGAACUUCGGCAUCUGGCUGCGCUACGACUCCCGCAGCGGCACCCACAACAUGUACCGCGAGUACCGCGACCUCACCACCUCCGGCGCCGUCACUCAGUGCUAUCGGGACAUGGGGGCUCGCCACCGCGCCCGCGCCCACUCCAUACAGAUCAUGAAGGUGCAGGAGAUCCCCGCCAACAAGUGCCGCCGUCCCGCCAUCAAGCAGUUCCACGACUCCAAGAUCAAGUUCCCGCUGCCCCACAGAGUCCUGCGUCGCCAGCACAAACCCCGCUUCACCACCAAGAGACCCAACACCUUCUUCUGAGGGACCCCGCAAGCCCUUCAGCACAGAGACAAUGAAACGGGAAAACAAUCUGAGAAGAAAGCGCUGUCUCUUGCAGCAUUUUGGGACUGGCUGGAGUUUUAUUUUUUUAAAUGCUGUUUGACUUUCAAGAUGAAUGGUCUUUCAUGAAUUUCACACACCUGGAAUUCUACAAUUCUAUGAUGUAUUAAAACAUUUGUUGUACUGA